GAGUAGUGGAGCUUAAGAGAUCUUUGGAGCAAUCUGAAGAUUCAAUUGAGUUAGUUGCAUAACUAUCUUCUUGUUUAAGCGAAGAUUAUGUCACAUGGAAUUUGACACUAUAAGGUCAAAAGUUAGCGACCAAACAAUUAAUAUAGUGAUGGAUCUUUUCAGAGACAUGCUUCUCCUGGCCAACAAUGCAUUAGUCUUCUAUAGUAAGGAACACCGUGGACACUGGACGUACCAUGGUAUGCACGAUCCAUUAGCCAAGCAUUGACUUAUAUGACGCUUUUGAUGAGAUGCUACUUCUGAAGUUAGGCGGGGAGCAAAUAUAUGUCAGUCAAAUAAGCGACCAUUGUUUCGAUUUGAUCCAGCACUUUGAGGCUAUUGAAGGAGUUCCUAAGAUCAAAGAUGGUUAUAAUCCUGCAACUUGGAUGUUGGAAGUUACAUCAGCUGGAAAAGAGGCAAAUCUUAAGGUCAAUUUCACUGAUGUGUACAAAAACUCAGAACUACAUCGGAGAAAUAAACAAUUAAUCCAGGAGCUUAGUUUUCCUUGUCAAGGUUCAAAAGAUCUACACUUUGAUGCUCAAUAUUCACAGACAUUUGUAGCACAAUGUAUAGCUUGUCUAUGGAAACAACAUUUGUCAUAUUGGAGGAAUACAUCAUAUACAGCAGUUAGACUCCUAUUUACUAUAAUGACAGGUUUAUUGUUUGGCCUGAUUUUUUGGGAUGUUGGCUUGAAAAGGAGAAAGGAGCAAGAUUUAUUCAAUGCAAUGGGAUCAAUGUAUGCUGCUGUUACCUUCAUAGGGGUUGUAAAUGGUGCCUCAGUGCAACCAAUAGUAGCAAUUGAGAGAACAGUCUUCUAUAGAGAAAGAGCUGCAGGGAUGUAUUCAGCUUUGCCAUAUGCUCUUGCACAUGUAUUACUCCAUCGUUAAUUUUCAUGCUAGUGU